AUGGACACAUUUUUAUGGUUAUUUCUUCUUUCAACAUCAAUGUUUCUUGGUUCUCUUCUAGCUGGUAGCAUUCCACUAGUAUUUCAAAUGUCAGAAGAUAGAUUGAAAAUAAUAUCGGCAUUUGGUGUUGGACUUUUGGUUGGAACUUCGUUGAUUGUUAUAAUACCAGAAGGUAUUGAAACAUUAUACAGUGUACCAUCGUAUUAUCAAAUAGAAGCAAAUAAAGAUAAUUUUUUUAGUAAUGUUCCACCUGAAGAUAAAAGAUCUAAUGAUAAUAAAAAAAGAAGUAGCAGUAUACUUGAUAAUUUAAAUUUUGAUUCUUCCUCUUUUUCGUCUAAUUGGGGGAAAAGAGAUGUGUCAGAAGAUGAUGAAUCAAAAUUACCUGAUAUUAAACUUCCAGAAAAUGAAAAUCACCAUUAUAUUGGAAUGGCACUUAUUUCAGGAUUUGUAAUGAUGUUUUUAAUAGAUCAAAUUGAUACUUCACAUGUUCAUUCACACGGUCAUCAUGGUAAAGCUAAUGUUAUAAGUUUGACUGAUCUUCGCUCUAUCUCCAAUCCUAAUAAUGUUGACCCUACAAUAGGACUUAUUAUUCAUGCAGCAGCAGAUGGUAUAGCACUUGGUGCUUCGGCAAAUGAACCAACACUUGAAACAAUAGUUUUCUUAGCAAUAAUGUUACAUAAAGCACCUUCGGCUUUUGGUUUAACAACUAUCUUACUACGUGAAGGUUAUACACGUCGACAAAUUCGUAGACAUUUAGCAACCUUUUGUUUAGCAGCGCCACUUUCUUCAUUAUGUACAUUUGCCUUAAUACAACAAAGUAGCAAAUUGGAUCCAAUUGGUAUGCAAUGGUGGACUGCUAUGCUUUUGUUAUUUUCAGUGGAUGUUAUAAGAUUAUCAGGCUGUUCAAUAUUUAAAGGCAAGAUUGACUGUUCAUAA